GCGUGUGCGCGCUGGGGCCCGCGGCUGCGGCGGCGCUGCCGGCACAGAGCAGGCAGUUGCCCUUUGGGGUCAUCCAGCCCAGCCGUUCUCUGGCUCCGCCGAGCCUGGCGCUGAACCACGCACCCAGCGCUACAUCUGUGCCUUUUAAACGCUUUCGAAGGAUGGGGAUUCAACCCCCUCCCUGGUUCCGGUGCUUUGAGAAACGGUGGUUUCCCCUCAGCCUCCUCCAGGCUAAACAACCCCAGUUCCCUCAGCUGCUCCUCACCAAGUCCGUUCUCCAUCCCCUUCACCAGCUUUGUUGCCCUUCUCUGAACCUGCUGUGUCCUUCUUGUACUAAGUGCCUAAAAACCGAACCCCAUAUUGAAGGUGUGGCCUCCCCGGUGCUGAGUACCGGGACACAACCACUGCGCUGCUCCUGCCGGCCACAGCACUGCUCGUUCUCGCCUCUGGUCUUUCACUGCCGGGCAGCUAUCCAAAGGGAGGGGCUGUGGCUCGGGGCCCCUCCCCGGGCACGGCACUGGAGGCCGCGGGUUUGAAUCGCUGCGCCGCCGGGAAGUACGGACGGAAGGCGGGAGGCGCUUGGCGGGAAGGACUGGUCCCGGGCGAGCGGGAGGGGAUUCGCAGCGGCCCGCGGCUUGCCGCCACCCGGAUUCGGCGGCUUCUGCAGUCGGAGGCGGUGCGGAACGGGCCCAUCUCCGCCGAUCCCCGUGGGGCCGCCGGUCCAGGCCUAUUCUGCACGCUGUCCGGGGACAGUUGACCGCGGAGUCUCUCUGCAUCCUCCCGAGGAGAACAUUGGGAAGGAUCAGAGUGCCUCUGGCCGUUGCGCCUGGCUUCGGUCUCCUUUCUGCCAGGAUGCUGGUUGCAUGCGGCAUGCAACGAUGCCACCAGGAAGCGCUGAAGAAGAACCGUGUGGCGCUGGCAAAAGAGCUAGUUUUGAAAGAGUUGCUGGAGCAUAUGAUAGAGAAGGACAUCAUCACCACGGAGAUGGUGGAAAUGAUACAGGCCAAGUCUGGGAGCUUCAGCCAGAAUACAGAAUUCCUCAAUUUGCUGCCCAAGAGAGGCCCCAAGGCCUUCUCAGCCUUCUGUGAAGCUCUGCGAGAAACCAAACAGCAGCAUCUGGAGGCAGCAAUCCUGAGGACAUUAUCCAGUCUGAACCAUGGGAGUGUAAGGCUUGAACACUGCUAUGGAUCAGACCUUCCCUUCCCUGCCAGUGAGUCGUGCCAUUCAAAGAGACCACGCUGGAUCGAACAAGUGGAAUGUUCCUUGAAUGAUGGAGGUGAUCCCUCAGUUCCUCCAGUGAAGUACUGUACUCCCGAAUUUUAUAAGGAUCAUCAGCACUUGGCAUACAAGCUGGUAUCAGAGCCCCGGGGCCUGGCUCUUAUCAUCAGUAAUGUGCACUUCAGCUGUGAGCAGGAGCUGAAGGACCGAGCAGGCGGGGAUGUGGACUGCACUUCCCUGCAGGUGCUUUUCAAGCACCUGGGCUAUCAAGUGACAGUCUGUCAUGAUCAGACUGCACAGGAGAUGCAGACGGCAUUGGAGAGGUUCUCUAAGCUGCCAGAUCAUCAGGGUGUGGAUUCCUGCAUUGUGGCUUUACUCUCCCAUGGUGUGGAGGGGGCUGUUUAUGGUAGCGAUGGCAAACUGCUGCAGCUGCAGGAGGCUUUCCGGCUCUUUGACAAUUCAAACUGUCCAAAUCUGCAGAAUAAGCCCAAAAUGUUCUUCAUCCAGGCCUGCCGGGGAGAUGAGACAGACCGGGGAGUGGAUCAGAGAGAUGGGAAGGAGUGGUCCAGCUGCCCAGGCUGUGAGCAGGCUGAUGCCAACAAGGAAGAGAGCCCCAAGCUGCGCCUGCCCACGUGCUCCGACAUGAUCUGUGGCUAUGCUUGUCUGAAAGGCACGGCCGCCAUGCGGAACACGAAGCGUGGCUCCUGGUACAUCGAGGCGCUCACAGCAGUGUUUGCAGAGGACUCUCGAGACACUCACGUGGCUGACAUGUUGGUGAAGGUGAAUCGGCAAAUCAAGCACCGGGAAGGUUAUGCCCCAGGCACAGAAUUUCACCGCUGCAAGGAAAUGUCAGAAUAUUGCAGCACACUCUGCCAGGACCUUUACCUGUUUCCUGGUUAUGUGCCAGGGAAAUAGCCCUGCCAGUUCUGCUAAAAGAAGGAUACUGCCAAAGCUGAACUCUCUGUGAGGUCCACGGACUGUGACAUCAGAUGUCAAACCAGGAAUGCUCCUUUGCAUCUGGCCAAGCCACUUCUCCAUGGCUUUUGCUAUAACAACCUGACGCUCUCUUUGUAACCUGACUCAGUUCAGUUAAAAAUUCCAGUGCCCUGACUUACUUCAUAUGCAUGGAGGAAAAGAGGAUCACCACUGGAACUAGGAAGAAGUGGGAGCAGCCUUUGGAAGGACAUUUGUAAGCGAGGUGGAUGUAAAAAGGGGAACAGAUCAUACAGUUGCUGAGUUUUUAAAGUUAAGCCUUUCUUAAAGGAGAAUUAUUCUUGAAAAGCUUUUUAUCUUACACUGGUAUUGUAAAAUUUUUAAUGCCUUCUCUCUGGGUCCUCAUGCAGGACACUCAGCUCCUGUGCACAGUAGAAAAGGGCUCCCCAGUGAGGAAGAAUCCUCCCCUCCAGAAUGGAAGGUUGUUGACAGUUUGCAGUCCAUCUUGAGCACUUCAGUUACAUUUUUUUGCUCCUUCUGUAGCCAAGUUACCAAGAGAACUUCAGUGUAUCCCAGGUUAUCAACAAAACAAACAGAUGCAGAAUGUCUCAGACAGAAAAACAAAUCUACAUGAACUUCCUCAGAAGGAGUUUCAAAUCUAGACUUUCUAGAUUAGCUUCCUUGAGUCCCAGGAGUGAACGAGCACUUGGAAUGUCCCUUUGGAGGAACGUGCCUGCCGUGGCACCUGUGUCACACAGGGAUUCCACCCACUUCUCAGGAGUCUAUAAUUGCACUGCACAGCUGCCUUGUGCUACAGCCCUGUGCAAAAAUCUCUUCUGGUGAAUCAACAAAGUCACUGAAGGCAGCUCUUUGCAGUCUCACUGUGGUGCUUGAAUUAUUUAUCCCUGCAGUUUCUUUCCCUUCCCAAGGGAAGCAUUUUGCAUUCUUACACUGGGUGAUUACCUCUCUUCAGCCACAAUCAUUUGAAACUGUUUCCUACCCAAUCUUGUUUGCAGGGUGUCAUUCUAAGAAAUGUUGUGGCAUCAUUCAUCACUUCUGGAAAUUGUCUACAAUCUGUAGACAUGCUGUAAUUUGCCUCUUGUGUCCAGUGGCAGUUACUCCCAUGGAACACGGGAGAUGGAUGUCGUUCUCAUGUUCUGGUAGUGCCUAGAUCCCGAUAGAUGUGGCCAACAGCUGUUCACUUCAGUCUCAACCCUCUCCAUUUUGGAUCAGGAAGCAGGCAUAGAUCCUGGCUUACUCUUUUUAUGUAAGUGUGGCUUUACAAAUAAUUCUUCAGGAUAGAAUUAUGAAUAGAAAGCACAAAGGGAUGUGAAAGGAGGUUAGGAAAUGAGGCAUGUGGGGAUUUUAUUGUUCUUCCUGGGAAAAGGAAGGCUGCGUUUGCUUCAGCUGCCAGGGGUGCAGCCUGGACUUGAGUCUUGCACUCACCUUGUGCACAACGUGUUGAACAACAAGGAUCCUCCUUGCCAAUUGGUGCCUUACUCUGAAGUCCGAGAUACCAGUUCAGGGGCUGUUGGAGUACAAAUUCCUGAGUGCUCCCUCUUGGACAAGGUGCAAUGUUUUACAGAUGGGUGUGUUGAUGGAACAGCCCACUCAUGGAUUUCUGUAGGGUUGCAUCAAACUGCAUAGUCACUGCCACUUCCAUACCUUCCUUUUGUAUACUUGAGGUGUUACAAUAAAGAAUUCUGGUUUGAUGA